UAAUUUCUGCACCUGAGCUACCACACACACAGAGGAGAGAGGAGAGAGAGAGAGAGAGAGAGAGAGAGGGAGAGAGAGACGCUUUAUUUCUCGAUCAUUAUUUUUCAAUGUUUGCAACAAUGACGAUGAGCACAGUUUAUAUAUACUCUCAGUGACUUCACUUGAAUGAUGAUCUCGUUGUGUUUGUUUAGGUUUAGUACAGUUCGGUGAUUGUAAACAUCAACUUGUUCUCGAGAAAAUGAACAUUAAAUAUACGCAUUUGCGUUUCGAGUUUCGUCUUCUGCUGCUGAUAGCGUUAAUUUUCAGUUUUAGUGUUGUUCAAGGGAUCACUGAUUCUUCUGAUGUUGAAGCACUACAAGAGUUGUACAGUUCAUUGAAUUCUUCUUCACAGCUUAGCAGAUGGACAUCAAUAGGUGGUGAUCCAUGUGAGGAAUCCUGGUUGGGAAUUACUUGUCAAGGUUCUUCUAUUGUUUCUAUUCAAAUUUCUGGGCUAGGGCUCAGUGGCUCAAUGGGCUACAUGCUUUCGAGUCUUGGUUCACUGAAAACAUUAGACGUAAGCGACAACAGGAUUCAUGAGUCAAUUCCUUAUCAGUUACCACCGAAUCUUAUUAAAUUCAGGAAUAUUGCAAACAACAACUUCAGUGGGAAUCUUCCUUAUUCUAUUGCUAGCUUGGUCUCUCUUAAUUAUCUGAACACAAGCAGCAAUUCGCUUGGUCAGUCUAUUGGAGAUAUAUUUGCAAAUCUUACCGACCUUCUGACCAUGGAUCUCUCUCACAACAACUUCACUGGAUAUCUUCCCACUUCCUUUGCCUCAUUGUCAAAUCUUUUGGUUCUUCAUGUGCAGAACAAUCAGUUGUCUGGUUCACUUAAUGUUCUAGAAGGGUUGCCUUUGGCUGAUUUAAAUGUCGCAAACAACAAUUUUAGUGGAUCAAUACCACAUAAGAUCAGUUCUAUUAGCAACUUCAUAUAUGACAGGAAUUCAUUUGAUGAGAGUCCUGCACCUCCUCCUCCACGGCCGCUUGGUAGACAUCACCAUACUUCUUCAGGUUCACUCACAUCUUGGGGUUCUGAUGGCCAGUCAUGCAAUUCAGUUAAAGGAAACAAGAACAGACUGACAGUUGGACCUAUAGUAGCCAUUAUUUUGGGUUCUUUAGUGGUGGUAGUUUUGGCUGCGGUUGUCCUUUUUGCAGGAGUUCGAGAAAAGAAAAGGAAUGACAACACAAUAAAACAUUCGUUUGGAAAUAUUCCUCGUAUCCAAAUGAAAGUGAAUAAUGAGGGCCAUGAGCAGAGAGUAAAACCCACCCCAACGACAUUGAAUUUAACAUCUCUUUCUACAGAGAACCUGCUGUCUCACAAGAUGCAAGGAAAUAAUGGGUCUGUCAAUGUAGUUAAAUCACCCGUAACUGCUACAUCUUAUAAUAUUGGCAGUCUUCAAGGCGCAACAAACAGCUUUAGUCAAGAAAAACUUGUUGGUGAAGGUUCCCUUGGUCGUGUUUACAGGGGACAGUUCCAUAAUGGGAAGGUGAUGGCCAUUAAGAAGAUUGAAAAUGCAGCAUUGUCAUUGCAAGACGAAGAUAAUUUUCUAGAAGCUAUUUCACAUAUGUCACGCCUUCGGCACCCAAACAUUGUUCCCCUAACAGGUUAUUGUACAGAACACGGGCAACGUCUUCUUGUUCAUGAUUAUAUAGCAAAUGGGAGCUUGCAAGACAUGCUGUACUUGUCUGAUGAUAGGAUUAAAGUGUUGACAUGGAAUGUUCGUAUAAAAUUGGCUCUUGGCAUUGCUCGCGCUCUUGAGUACUUGCAUGAAGUGUGCCUGCCUUCAGUGGUUCACAGAAACUUAAAGUCUGCAAACAUAUUACUUGACCAAGAGCUGAAUCCCUACUUGUCAGAUUGUGGCCUAGCUGCUCUGCUACCAAAUACAGAGCGACAGGUAUCAUCAGCUAAAAUGGUUGGUUCAUUUGGUUAUAGUGCUCCUGAAUUUGCCUUGUCUGGAAUAUACACUGUAAAAAGUGACAUAUAUAGUUUUGGAGUAUUGAUGUUGGAGCUAUUAACAGGCCGCAAGCCAUUGGAUAGUUCAAGGGUGAGAGCAGAGCAGUCUCUUGUAAGAUGGGCUACUCCUCAGCUUCAUGACUUAGAUGCUCUGGCAAAGAUGGUUGAUCCUACACUAAACGGCCUGUAUGCAGCAAAAUCUUUGUUGCAAUUGGCUGAAAUAAUUUCCCUCUGUGUCCAGCCCGAACCUGAGUUUCGGCCUUCUGCGCCUGAAGUUGUGCAAGCUUUGGUCCAAUUGUCACAAAGGGCAAGUGUACAAAAAAGGCGAUCAAGUGAGGAGUGAGGACUUAGGCUUUUAUAAUCCUAACAAUGUUGUCAGGGUCAAUUAAUAGAGGAUGCAUUAUUGAACGUUUGUCAAGAUCACUAACGGCCCUAAUUCAAAAUAAUGAUGGUGAUUCCAGAAGAUGCAAACUGGAGGCAUGUAUGUCUUUUUCCUAAUGAGGGUACAUAUUUUAGCUAACUUGUGGAAAUUUUAUCAUAUUAACAACACACUUUUCA